CGUCGGGAAAAGUAAGAGUGGGGUUUUCCCAGUAUUUUGACUACAUCCUAACCAGCCUCUACCCUGAUCAAAUUUGGGUACAAAUGUCUUCUAUACAAAGAAAUCCGAAGCAAGACAUGAUUUCCCAGUUUCACUCUUCAGCUGCUGAAGGAGAUAUUGCCAAGUUAACAGUAAUAUUCAGUCAUUCUCCAUCUCUUCUCAAUGAAACUUCUGAAAAUGGCUGGACUGCUUUAAUGUAUGCUGCAAGGAAUGGGCACCCAGAUGUUAUCCAAUUUCUCCUUGAGAAAGGGUGUGACAGGUCCAUUGUCAAUAAAUCAAGGCAGACUGCACUGGAUAUUGCUAAAUUUUGGGGUUAUAAGCAUAUAGCUAAUUUACUAGCUAAUGCUACAGGUGGGAAGAAGCCUUGGUUCCUAAACAGUGAAGUGGAAGAAUGUGAAAAUUAUUUUAGCAAGACAUUACUGGACCGGAAAAGUGAAAAAAGAAAUAAUUCUAACUGGCUACUAGCUAAAAAAAGCCACCCAGCCACAGUUUAUAUCCUUUUUUCAGAUUUAAAUCCCUUGGUUACUCUAGGUGGCAAUAAAGAAAGUUUCCAGCAGCCAGAAGUCAGACUUUGUCGCCUGAACCACUUAGAUAUACAAGAUUAUCUGGCUCAACCCGAGAAGAUCACUUUAAUUUUUCUUGGAGUAGAACUUGAAAUGAAAAAAGAAUUACUUAAUUGUACUGGGGAAGAAGAGGAAGAUGGGUUGGUUGCCUGGUUUGCCCUAGAUAUAGAUCCUAUUGCCGCUGAAGAAUUUAAGCAAAGACAUGAAAAUUGUUAUUUUCUUCAUCCUCCAAUGCCAGCUCUUCUACAAUUGAAAGAGAAAGAAGCUGGGGUUGUAGCUCAAGCAAGAUCUAUUCUUGCCUGGCACAGUCGAUAUAAGUUCUGCCCAACCUGUGGAAGUGCCACUAAAAUUGAAGAAGGCGGCUAUAAAAGAGUAUGUUUAAAAGAAGACUGUCCUAGCCUCCGUGGUGUUCAUAAUACAUCAUAUCCAAGAGUUGAUCCAGUAGUAAUCAUGCAAGUUGUUCAUCCAGAUGGGACUAAAUGUCUUUUAGGCAGGCAGAAAAGAUUUCCCCCAGGCAUGUUUACUUGCCUUGCUGGAUUUAUUGAACCUGGGGAGACAAUAGAAGAUGCUGUUCGGAGAGAAGUAGAAGAGGAAAGUGGAGUCAAAGUUGGCCAUGUUCAGUAUGUCUCUUGUCAACCAUGGCCAAUGCCCUGUUCCUUAAUGAUUGGCUGCUUGGCUGUGGCAGUGUCUACAGAAAUUAAAGUUGACAAGAAUGAAAUAGAGGAUGCCCACUGGUUCACUAGAGAACAGGUCAUGGAUGUUCUCACCAAAGGGAAGCAGCAGGCAUUUUUUGUGCCACCAAGCCGAGCUAUUGCACAUCAAUUAAUCAAACACUGGAUUGGAAUGAACCCCAGUCUCUAAAUUAAGAACAAGUUUUAUUUUAGUUUUAUUUGAUUUCUAAUUACCACUUAUUCCUCAAGUGAGAUUAGAAAGAUUCAGGGUUCUUCAGAGCAUCACAACCCAAAAUAGCAUAUUGGAUUUUCGAAAUAUUUUCCAUGUUGACCACAGAAUUCAUAUUUUUAUAAAUUACAUUACGUCAGAUUUUGUUAGAUGUGUAUCAGCCUUCUCCAAACAUUUUUUUUUUAUUUUGCUUCACCAUUGUAUUUCACAAAACUGUAUUUCCAAUGAGAGAAAUCAUAUUAUGAAGAAAUAUGUUCUAGAAAUGUGAAUUAACCUAAACUCCAAUCAUUUGUCCUAGUGUUUCUUUUAAGCAGUAGAUUGAUCACUAACAUGCCUAAUUUGAGAACUGAAACAAAAUAAUUUUAAUGACUUUUAGUUUAUAUUGAUUUCUAAUCUUUUAACUACUAUAAAGUUCCUUUAAAUUGUUAAUAGCUGAAUUUUGUUCCUCUUUACUUUGUAAUCCCAUGUAUCCUUUUCUCCUGGUUCCAUUGUUUUUAGCAGUGGUGCUUUUACAUUGUUGCUACUAGUCUUAUUUGACCAGUGUUAAGAAUUUUCUAUUUUAAAAACUAACUCCACUAGUGGUCACAAAAUACCAUGCCCUCAGUGCAGGGAGAACUUAAAUGAAAACCUACCAGUCUGUCCGGAACUGCCUCCUUAACCCUAAAAUUAAUUAAUAUUAUCUAUUUACCUGUAAGUUAUACCAAAACUUGUUAAAACAAAUGAAGAUUCUGUUUUCUCACACUGAAAUUAAACGUAUAUGAAAGGAAUUUUUCUCAAAUAUUAGAUAUUAAAUAAAUCCCAGAUAGGUGGGUUUACAUAUUUAAUAAAAACACUGGCUUUAUGUCAUUUUGUGAUGAGAGAUGUGUCUUCAGUGGCAAAAAAUAUAUAUAAUCUCUGGCAACAAUAUUUAUUAUAAUCAAUUACAAUAUCUUGAUUUUUGGCCUUGUUUUAGCACAUUCUAAGAAGCCUUUAUAAAAUAAGUUUACUUUAGGACUUUAUCAGUAAUACUUCAGAGAAAGUAAAUUGUAGUGCUUCACAAUUUUGCAACAGAGAAGCUGUCAUAUUUUAUAAGGCUGUGUUGAAAUUGUUUUAAAAGGAAGUUUAUAAAUGUACAAAUUUACAUAAUUUGGGUCUUCAUUAUUGUAUGUUAGAACUGGAAGAGACCUUAAGGGCAAUAUAUGAAGUUUACUGUCCUCAUGUUAUAGAUCAAGAAUAGGAAGUUCUGAAAAGUGAAUUUAAUUAAUUGGUGAAGGUUACACAGCUAAUUAAAAUAGUCUAUACUGUAUAAACCAGUCCAAGAUUCUCACUCUGAUAGGAAGUAGAGAUUAUUACUAAGAAUAUAUGUAGAAUAAAUUAAAAGAAGAGAUGAUAAGAAUAUAUUUAACUCGCCAAAUAUUGUUAAAAUUUGAGAAACUUAAAAUAUAUUUAACUUAAGAUAAUUUGCUUAGAUAAAACUUUAUUUUACUAAUGAACAGUGGUCUUCUUAGUAAUUGAUGAGAGCUUAUUGAUAUCAGGAUUUUAAACCAAAUAAAACUUAGACAGUUUAUUCAGAUGCUUAAUAAAAUUUGAACUAAGUACAUAGAAAAUGAUGUGCCUUGAUUAUAAAGUAUAAUGGGUUGAGGUUCAGUUUCACUCCAACUGUACUAAGAUUACAUCUUAAAAGUCCAGUUUCACUAGAAGAAGAAAGUAAAAGAUAAGUUUCAGCAAAAUGUAGGUAUAAAUUUAGUUUGGGAUAUUUAAUCCUGUGCUCAGGGAAAAUCAGCAUCUAAAUAAAUUAUUGGAUUAAUAAUUAUUCUUAAAUUGCUAACCUCUAAGAGGUGAAAGCUGCAUGUAAAUAGAAUAACCAAUUCAAGAAAUGGUAGAGGUGCAAGUGCCAUGAAUGUAUCCUAAUGGAAAUGAAUGUAACAAUACAUUAAAAUAUGUAUCUGUUU